AUGUAUGCUAAGGUUGAAAGCGAACGAUUGUGGUUCAUUCGAUACAACCAGGCUAAAUUACGAUCGGAAGAAUACAUUAACUUACGAGAUGCUGUUGUUGGAAAUAUCGACGGAAAUUUAAACCCCAAUGACAUCGGUAAUGCUUUCAUUUUACCUUCAAGCUACAUCGGCAGUCCACGGAACAUGCAGGAAUACAUACAAGAUGCAAUGACUUACUAUUCGAUUGAGUGGCAAAAGCGAGGUUUGCCUCAUGCCCACAUUUUAAUUUGGCUUCAAGAUAAAAUCCGUUCAGAAGAAAUUGAUCAAAUAAUUUCAGCCGAAAUUCCAGACCCAUCAAUUGAUCAAGAAUUGUUCGAUAUUGUUACCAAACACAUGAUCCACGGGCCGUGCGGUGCUUUCAACAUGACGUCACCAUGCAUGGAAAAUGGAAAAUGCAAGAAAAAAUUCCCAAAGCCGUAUACGAAUGACACUAUCACGGAUAUUGACGGUUAUCCAAUGUAUCGCCGAAGAAAUACUGAGAAUGGUGGCCACAUAUUCACAAUGCGACUGCCGAAUUUUACAAAUCAAGUAGAAUUUGACAAUCAGUGGGUGGUACCAUACUCAUCAUUACUUUCAAAAACUUAUGAGGCUCAUAUCAAUGUCGAGCUUUGCAGUUCUGUAAAAUCAAUUAAAUACAUUUGUAAAUAUGUAAAUAAAGGCAGUGAUUUGGCCAUAUUUGAAGUACAAAAUAUAAAUAAAAAUGACGAAAUAACACGAUACCAAAUGGGUAGAUACAUUAGCAGCAACGAAGCUAUUUGGCAUAUUCUUAGCUUUCCCAUACACGAAAGAGACCCUUCUGUCCAGCAUCUAGCAAUACAUCUUGAAAACGGUCAACGUGUAUACUUCACUGAAGAAAAUGUUCUCCAAAGAGCGCUUGAGGCUCCAAAAACGACACUAACUGAAUUUUUUACAUUAUGUGAAAAAUCUGAUAUUUUUGGCCAAUUCGCAAAGACAUUGAUAUAUAGUGAUGUUCCACGUUAUUUCACAUGGAACAAAUCCGGUAAAAAAUGGGAGCCACGAAAACAAGGAAAAUCACAUCCUUCCAUUACAGGCAUAUUCAAAGCUAAGACAUUGAGGCGGCUUUACACGGUACAUCCGAAGCAACAUGAGUGCUUCUAUUUACGUUUGUUAUUGGUGAAUGUUCCCGGACCAACGUCUUUUGAAUUUUUGCGAACAGUUAAUGGCCGAGUAUUCAAUACAUACCAAGAUGCAUGUUGUGAACCGCAUUUGCUAGAAAACGAUAACCAUUGGGACUUAACGCUUGCUGGUGCUGCGUUAAUAUUAACGCCCAAUAACAUUCGUCAGCUACAAACAGAUCAAUGCCAAAACAUUGAUUAUACGCCAGAGAUGUAUAAUGAAGCAUUAGUGCUGAUCGAGGAUUUAUGUGUUUUAAUUUCAAAUUUACCACUUAAUCAUUAUCGUAUGCCAUCACCUGAUCGCCCAGCCACCGACUUAGUCAACACCGAUUUACAACGAAAAAACAGGAAACUUAGACUGGACUUCGCAAAAGCUACUAUUGAUUGGCCAGACGAAUUUUGGAAUAAAGUCAUAUUUUCGGAUGAAUCGAAAUUCAAUAUUUUCGGAAGUGCUGGAAGACGAUAUGUAUGGAGAAAGCCGAAUUCUGAAUUUGAAACACGAAUUGUAACAGCUACUGUGAAACACGGAGGGAGGAGCGUCUUGAUGUGGGACUGUAUGGCAGCGAAUGGAGUCGGUAAUUUGCAUUUUAUUGAAGAUAAAAUUACAGCACUUACAUACAUUGAAAUAUUGCGCUGUAAUUUAAAGGCGAGUGCUGAAAAACUUGGGUUGGAAACGUCGUUUGUGUUUCAGCAAGACGACUCCAAGCAUACAAAGUAUAAAACACGGGAAUGGUUACUCUACAAUGCACCUCGCCAGUUAAAAACACCACCUCAGUCUCCGGACCUUAAUCCAAUUGAAAACUUAUGGCACUAA